UGUGCCCCCCUUACUAGUUCGUGUGUGGCGUCAUUAGACAACCAAGAAACGUGGAUAUUGUCCCUCGUGUUAGUUGCCAGAUGUCUUAUUUAUCGUUGUAUGUUGCCGGACAUUGUUUAAACGGAAUAUCAUUCAAAAAGCAGUCAUAAAGUUUUAGUAAUUGUUCAAAAAUGGCAGGACAGUCGGCGUUAUUACUCCGUAAACAAUUAGCGGAUCUGAACAAGAACCCAGUGGAAGGCUUCUCGGCGGGGCUUGUAGAUGACAACGAUAUCUUUCAGUGGGAAGUGGUCGUCAUUGGCCCUCAAGAUACAAUGUUUGAAGGGGGGUUCUUUAAGGCUACUUUGAAUUUUCCCCAGGAUUAUCCUAUAAGACCUCCAAAGAUGAAGUUCAUCACAGAAAUCUGGCAUCCCAAUGUUGCAAAAAAUGGGGAAGUAUGCAUCUCCAUCCUGCACGAACCUGGAGAAGACAAGUAUGGCUAUGAGAAGCCGGAGGAACGCUGGUUGCCAAUCCAUACUGUUGAGACCAUAAUGAUCAGUGUCAUCUCCAUGUUGGCAGACCCCAAUGGUGACUCGCCCGCCAAUGUUGAUGCUGCAAAAGAAUGGCGUGACGAUCCAAAAGGUGUUUUCAAGAAAAAGGUUGCACGCUGUGUGCGGAAAAGUCAAGAGAUGUCUUUUGACUGAAAUCUGAUCUGGGGGAUAAUUUUCUGAGCAGAGGUUGACCAGGAAUGGUGAGGAACCCACUCCAGACCCACCCAAUGGAUUUUUCCCUUUGGCACAUUCAGGAUUAUUCAAAUCUUAGGUUUUCUUUGUAUAAACAUAUUUAUUUUAAAAUGUGUACAAGUGAAUUUUAUUUUUGCCUGGUGUGUGUUGGUUUAUCUGCAUACUGAGCCAUACAGCCUUCAGUGCCUACAGUCUAUAAUGUAUGCGUUUUCAGGCCACGUUUACACUAGUAUGGAUAAUGUUAUACAAGGUAUUUCACAUACUUGGGGGGGUGGCGUGGCUCAGUUGUAGAGUAAUUGUCCCCCCCAACCCAGAGGUUGUGGGUUCGAUUCUCCGCCCUGAUGAACUCGUCUAAGUGUCCUUGAGCAAGACACUGAACCCCACAUUGCUGCGUCACCAGUAGGUGGAUGGUGAGAUAGUGUAAAGCGCUUUGAGCGCCUAGAAAGGUGGAAAAGCCCUAUAUAAGUGUAACACCAUUUACCAUACUUGGUCGCAGUCGUUUACAACCCCCCGCUGCCGUAAACCAAGUCCACAUUUGAAAAAAGUAGGCAUGUGCCAAAAAGAGGCAGAACAUAUUACGUCAGCAUAACUUAAAACAUUGCAAGUGAUCAAUUUGCGAAAUGAACAAUGACUUAAACCACGUUAUUAAAUUGAGGAACUGUUAUUUUGUGUGAAUUUUGUUGGUGAGGAAGUGAGUGAGCAACAUGGCAGAAAAAGAAAAGGUUCUGUACUUGUGACAGAAUUACCUUGGAACUGAUAUAAAAUCUUUAAUGAAAGUUCAAAAACAGUGAACAGUUACUUUCAUGAACACAAUCGACCUAUGGAUGGAGAACGUCAGUACACGCAACCUUUGUGUGCACAUCUACGAGAGCUGUCAUUCCUGUAUCUCACAUGAUGUGUUACCUUGGAAAAUAUUUCUGUGUAACCUUCAUGUUAAAAAAACAUCUGUGAUUUGCCAGUUUCCUUCUUUACAUUGUGUCAAGAAGCUGGCUAUGGCAUGUGUCAAUCUUUUGAGUACAUGUAAGCCUAUGCAUAACAGAGAAUGUGUCGACAUUAGAGGAAGUACCCAGUUUCUAAUAUUAGAUGGCUAACUACCUCAUGUAAAAUAUCCAGAGAGGGCUAGUGCGGGUGACAUAGGGUAUUGGCUAAAUAUAUGCAGUACGAGUAUUUUGUCAUAAUGUAGACGCAUCCUCGUUUACGGUCUUUGCCAUGUUAUAUAUGGAAUAUAGUGAUAUUUUUGAUGGGUCAAUGUGAAAUGACUUGAGCCAUUGUUCAAUUUCUGUUCUCUCUUAACUCAAGUGCUUUUACAUGUGUAUAAAUUUAAUAAAAACCUGAGUGAAAAAAAAUGAAGUACUCUGUAAUAGCAUGACCGUGUUACAGUAAUACUAGUUAAUCCCUUGCUGUUUACACUGGAUUAUCAGA